GGAGCUGCUUCCAAUCCGGUCCCGCGCGAGUCCGGGGCGUUUGCGGGUGUCGCUGCUGGUCUCCAAACGGGAUCUUUGCCUCAUUUUCUGUUUCUUCUCCAUCGUGGCUUUUUCCUCGCGUGGGAUUGCCUUUUUUCUCCAGUGGAUUGAACCCUAGAGACGGAUCCAACAGCUUAAAGGUUGGCAGAAGCUGGAGCUAACAGCAGGAGCUCACUCCGCUCCCCGGAUUUGAACUUCCGACCUUUCUGUCUGCAAGUUCAGCAGCUCUGCGCCACUAACAGCCAAAUGUCUUUGUGUGUUCACAGAGCACAAGGGACAUGAAGUCGCCUAAGAAAACUUUAAACAGGAAGAGCUAGUGGACCAAGGAAGUCUUCUGCAGAGAUUUUUCUUCUCUUCCACUUGGAUUUACUCUAUCAUCAUUCCAGUGCCUCUUGGUUUGCAAUUGGAAACGACAAGACAUGUCCAUUGCACUCAAGCAAGUCUUUAAUAAAGACAAGACGUUCCGUCCCAAACGGAAAUUUGAACCCGGGACUCAGAGGUUUGAACUCCACAAACGAGCCCAAGCUUCUCUGAACUCCGGGGUGGACCUGAAAGCAGCCGUGCAGCUUCCGAAUGGAGAAGAUCUCAACGACUGGGUUGCAGUACACGUGGUUGACUUUUUUAACAGGAUCAACCUGAUCUAUGGAACUAUCUGCGAGUUCUGCACGGAAAGGACCUGUCCUGUGAUGUCUGGUGGUCCAAAGUAUGAAUACAGGUGGCAGGAUGAUCUGAAAUACAAGAAACCGACAGCAUUGCCGGCACCUCAGUAUAUGAACUUUUUGAUGGACUGGAUUGAAGUGCAGAUCAACAAUGAGGACAUAUUUCCGACCAGUGUAGGUGUACCGUUCCCAAAGAACUUCCUCCAGAUCUGCAAAAAGAUCCUGUGCAGACUCUUUAGAGUGUUUGUCCAUGUCUACAUUCACCACUUUGACCGCAUCAUCAUCAUGGGGGCCGAAGCCCACGUCAAUACCUGUUACAAGCACUUUUAUUAUUUUGUAACAGAGCUCAACCUCAUAGACCGCAAGGAACUAGAGCCUUUGAAAGAGAUGACAGCCAGGAUGUGUCACUGAAGAGCCAGGAUUGAAAGAAGAUGAAAUGUAAUUUCCUGCUAGCUGAAGAAGAGCUUGAGGAUAUACCAGCCUCCACAGACAAAACUGCCUCAUUAGUUCUCAAAAAGCAGGAAAGUCAGGGACACAAGAUUGUUGCUUUCCCAGACACAUCCCUCCACUUUGUAUGCUCUUAACCCUAAAAAUGCUGCUAGGUGCCUCCUUGGAAUGAUGGGGAUUUCUUUGGAAAGAAGAGAAGAAGCCAUUCUUUUCCCAUACUCCCUGAAUGGUUGAGGAGAACUUGCCCAGAAUACAAAUCAAUUCCAUCCGCCUUCCUGCCCUUAAAGCUUUACUGCGAUUGUUUUUCUAAUGUAACCUGUGGUUAUUGAGUGCAUUGUUCCUCAGGUACAGUGUGCAUGAAGAGACUAAGUUUCGAUUCUUUACCUGCAUCCAAACCACCUUAGAACUGUGAGCCUGUAAUAUGCCUAAAAGAAAUUGCACUAUGUUUUGUACCAUCUUGGUUAUCCAUAACAUAGGCAGGGAAGAAACUGGUUACCCAAUGGAAUAGGCAUGGUGUUUUUUCCAGUCCCGAGAUUUACCUAGGCAGUGCCUUCAGACACCUCCAGUUGUAUAUAAAUCCUUCCUUCCAUCCAUCCAUCCAUGACUGCCUAGGAUUAAUCUCUUUAUAGACAGCUUGUUAACUCAUAUUUUGGAAACAAGGAUAGCAACCCCCCAAAAGUCCCAGACAAAAGGGAAGGGGGGGUCUCUGUAUAGUUUCCCUGGCAGCAAGUUCUAGCAUGGCUGGCUCACCCAAACCAACCAAAAUGCCAAAUGUGUUUCACAUCCAAUCAGUUUAUGAAAAAAAAAUGAAUCUUCCUUCUUAAGCAAGAGCAGGAAUGAGCUUCUGCAGAAAUUCAACACACUGACACCAUGGGACUGAUAAGCUGAAUGAAAUGUUUCUGAACAUGAACAAAGAGGUACUAUUUGAAUAAUUGUAUGGGUACUGAGUAUUAUAAUGAAAGGAGGAUAGUGGGAGACAGGCUUCUAAGUAAUUAGCAAGCAAAUACUGUGAGGCAUAAACAAAUCUGUCUGUUGGCAUUAGAUAUACCACUCAUACACCAGGUUGUAAUUACCACAAGAUGUGGGGCAUUUUCAGAGGGCUAGCUGACACACAUGCAUACUCACAACCUGUAAAUAUAAGGAUUUCUUCACAUCAUAUUCGAUGUUAUUAGGACACCUAUGCAGCUGUCUGGACUGUCUUUACAUUACUCAAGUUGGUAAAUGCUUUGAAAUACCACUGUGCCUCAACUGUGUUUUGUUUUUACUGUUUGUUUUCUUAGUUAUACUUAUUCCCAUGAACAGGAAAUUGCUGAUUGGCUUGAGUGUGAUAGUCUAAAUCCAGACUUUGGUAGGAGUUGCAAAUCAAAUCUUUGUUCAAGCAAUGCUGAAAAUGAUGAUGUUUUGUAGACGACAUAUGGUGUCUAUAAGGCAACAUCCACUAUAGAACAGGCAUGGGCAAACUUUGGCCCUCCAAGUGUUUUGGACAUCAACUCUCACAAUUCCUAAAAGCCUACUGUCUGUUAGGAAUUGUGGAAGUUGAAAUCCAAAACACAUGGAGGGCCGAAGUUUGCCUAUAGCACAAUGGUUCUCAACCUGGAGUCCCCAGAUGUUUUUGGCCUACAACUCUCAGAAAUCCCAGCCAGUUUACCAGCUGUUGGGAUUUAUGGGAGUUGAAGGCCAAAAACAUCUGGGGACUCCCAAGUUGAGAACUACUGCUAUAGAAAAAUCUGUCCAUCCUAGGACUCGUUCACAACCGAUGCACUUUGUAUGUGCAAAAAAUUGAUCAACCUGUUAGCUUUGCGGAUAAUUUAGUCCAAUUGUGUCUAUAUCUUGUCCAUUUUGUUCAUUUCAUUGCUUUCUCUCACUACUUCUGUUCUCUUAAGUUGCAAAUCAAAUCUUUGUUAAAGCAAUGCUGAAAAUGAUGGAAACAUUCCAAGUUUUGUGUGUGUGUGUCUUGACAAAAAAAAUGCAUUCUCUGCACUGUAAAUAGAUGAGCGAAAUUAACUGGUGACUUCAAUAACCACUAAAGGAAUAUCCCUGACUAAACGGUUUUAAGAUAUGAUGUAGAAAAUAAGAAUAAGAAGAGAAUGAACUAAUACAUUGUGUGCCUUCUGUAGAAUUUAAUCCAAUCUCUCAUCUCUUAGUGAUUGAUUUGAAAUAUUCCCCACAACUAGGAAUUCUUCCUGCCCCUGUUAGUCCAUGAGUGUUUUGAAGAAGGGUAUUAGAACAUUAAUCCCACAAGAAAUAUAAGUUUCACAAUACAAAUAACAACAGACAGCCUUAUUAAUUUUACAUUACAGUUUCACAUGAAAGAUGUUGAAAGUUAAGUUUUGGAAGAUUUUUUUUCAUAUGCAUAUGUUUUCAUUCCCUGUCCUUUGGUUACUUCUCUUGAUGUGGCCCCAUACAAACCCACCAGUUCCACCAACUUAGGGAUUUUCAAAGUGCUGGGGAGUAGGGCUGUGAUUGAAGAAGUAUGCUUUCCACAACAACGGUAUUAAGAAACGAGGUCCUGCUCAUCCCCAAAGCACCAUUUGGGGGUAGAUCCUUCUUCACUUGCCACCCUGCUUCCUUGUGCAUUGGAAAUCCUGACAUUGGUGAUGCUGCAUGGCUUCUAAGGUGGGAUUUGGAGAGCAUUUUCAGUGAUUGCACUGGGGCAAAGACCAUAAAUGUCAAUUUCAAAAUUUCCAAAAGUCCAGUGUAUAAGAUUGUAAAUACUGAACAGGAUCCCAGCCAUUUAUGUCCAUCUCUUCUAUUUCUCCAUUUCAAUUGUUAAAUUUAAGCUCAUUUAUUUGGCACCACUUUAAAAAAUGAGACACAAAGCUAUGAAUUAAAAAAGAAAUGUGAAGCCACUCUAGAAUUGUGUUCAUUUGAAGAUAAGCCAUUCUGUGUUAUGAAGAAAUGGUUUCAGUUGCUUCUGGAGCUGAUAAGAUUGAUGUCCCGCUAGCUCCCAUCCUGUUCCAACUGGCCAAAAUACCUAUGUAUGUCUAUAUGUCAUAUUUUCCUCCUGGAACUAAAGCAAUUGUUUUCAGUUUUUUACUGGUUAUCUAUUUUGCUAUGUCAAAAAUUUAGAAACCCAAGCCAGAGGGAAAAAAGUUUUGGAUAAUUCCACUUCCUGGUCUCCUAAGCACUUUGUCAGCAGAUGUUUUCAGUGUGAGAUGCUUUGCAUUUUCCAUUUCUUCUCUUAACCUGGGGUAUAAUAUGUAUCUGAAC